AUGUCUAUGGAAAUAGAACUGAAAGUCAAGGAAGAAAUAGAAAGAUUGCUCAAGGCAGGAUUCAUCAGACCAGCCAUUUAUGCUGAUUGGGUAGCCAAUAUUGUGCCAGUUCUGAUAAGAAAAACAGGGGCAGUUAGGAUCUGUGUGGAUUACAAGAAUCUGAAUGAAGCAUCCCCAAAGGAUGAAUAUCCUAUGCCAAUGGCGGAUAUGCUAGUAGAUGGAGCUGCUCAUAAUCAAAUGCUAUCUUUUAUGGAUGGCAAUGCAGGAUAUAAUCAAAUCAUGGUAGUAGAAGAAGACAUCCAUAAGACAGCCUUCAUGUGCCCAGGACAUAUAGGUGCUUUUGAGUACAUUGUAAUGUCUUUUGGCUUAAGAAAUGCAGGAGCCAUUUAUCAAAGAGCAAUGAAUUCUGUUUUCCAUGAUAUGAUAGGGCAUUCUCUAGAGGAACAUACAUUCAAGUGGGAAGAACAGCAUCAACAGGCCUUUGAGGAAAUCAAACAUUACCUCUCAAACCCGCCAGUUCUAUCUCCACCAAAGAGAGGCAGACCACUCAAACUCUAUGUUUUUGCAUCAGAAGUGUCCAUUGGUAGUCUGUUAGUUCAAGAUAACAAGGAAGGGAAGGAACAGGUAGUCUACUAUCUGAGUAGAACUCUGACUGAAGUAGAAAGGAAAUAUUCUGCAAUUGAAAGGCUUUGCUUAGCCUUAUACUUGACUGCUGUGAAACUCAGACACUACAUGCUGUCAUUCAUCAUCUACAUCAUUGCCAAGACAGACCUAAUCAAAUACAUGUUAACAAGGCCAAUGUUGAGAGGUAGAAUUGGCAAAUGGACUCUGGCUUUGACAGAAUUUGCUUUCAAAUAUGUUCCUCAGAAAGCUGUCAAAGGACAAGUUGUAGCAGAUUUCCUAGCAAAUCAUCCAGGGGAAGAGAUUGAAAACAUGUACUCUUUGGAUAUAGCAAAUGAAGAUCUGCUGACUAGAGCUCAUACUUGUCUAAACAAUCCCAUCUAUUUAGUUCACCUCACACCUUGGAAACUGUACUUUGACGGAUCAAAAACUGAUAUAGCCUCCGGGACAGGGAUUGUUUUAGAAGAGCCACUGGGGAUCAGACACUGUUAUUCUUUCCAGCUAGAUUUCAAAUGCACCAACAAUAGAGCUGAAUAUGAAGCUUUAAUCAUUGGCCUCGAAAUACUGAUUGCUAGAGAAUACAAGUGUUUAAGUCCUUCUCUAGCCGUCUAUUUAGUUGCAGUCAGGAAUCUUCUGACAGAAUUCAAAGAAGCUACUUGGGAACAUAUCCCAAGAGAAGAAAACUUUGCAGCCAAUGAAUUGGCUCAGAUAGCAACAGGUGUGCCCGACCUUGUUCUAGCCAAUGGAAUGGAGAUAGAUGUCAAUUCUUCCAUAAUCACUGAAGAUGAUUGGAGAACUCCCCUCAUAAAUUACUUGUAG